CGAAGGAUUUUCAAAAUGGCAUUUGGUGUCGAAUUUCGUUGUUUAUAAUUGCUGCUCGCUGCUCGUUGAAACGCUUCUCCCCAGUUAAAAGUUAAUAAAAUAGACUAAUAGGAGCCAGAGUGUGGUCUGAGAGCAUGUUGGAAACGAAGAGCAUAGCUGCCCUGGCUUUCACGGAGACGCCGCGCAAGCGCAAACGGGAGACGCUGAGUGGCCAUGCUGCCCCGCCCCCGAGUCCGCGUGAACAACCCCUGGGAAAGGACGCCCAGGUGUCGCACAUCAGCGCACAGGAUGCAGCUGUCGCGUCCGCCGCGGAAGCCUGCUUCACCAACGCGGCCUUCAGCUCCACUCCGAAGAAGCUGAUGGUCGGGCGCCGUCGCUUGGCCAAGGAGAACAGCAAUCCGCAUCCGAAUCCCUUCCCCGGCCUGGAGGUCAAGUCGAUAGCCGACCUGGCCCAGGAGCAGCUGCCCACCAAUCCGUUCGAGGUCCUGCGCCAGCCGCCCAAGAAGAAGAAGCGCGAGCAACUGGCCUGCUUCGAGAAUCCUGGCCUGAACUUGGAGCUGCCCGAGAAGCAGUUCAAUCCCUACGAGGUCGUCCGCCUGGCAGCCACGCCCGCCAAGGGCUUCAUCAAUCCUGCCCUGAAUUUGCGCGGCAGCGAUGCCCCAGCCUCGCUGAAUCCCUUCGAGAUCCACCGGCCCAGUGAGGCCUCCGAGGCGGCGUGCAACCCCUCGGGUGUGGCCAAUCCCGCUCUGGCCGAGCGGGAUGCGGAGGAGCCGCUGCCCACCAGCCUGAAGAUCGGGCUGCCCUUCACCCCGACCCUGGGCUGUCGCAUCGAUUUCCAUGGCAUGGCGCUGGCCCAGCUGACUCCCAGCAAGCUGCUGGCCGAGAAGCUGGUGUUCUCGCCUGUGCCGGCGCCCAAGCGAUCGCUGGGUGCCAUCAGCGAGGAGUCCUCCAUGGACAUUGGCAAGGAGCUGGACCGCUACCAACUGGAGCUGGAGAACAGCAUCAACGAGGCGAAGUUGCGGAAGAACGGCGUCCAGGUGGAGAGGGAGGUGGCUCGGAAUAGCUUGGAAGUGGAGCUGCCCAAGAACACCAAGGUCUCCUUGGUCGUGGAGACGGACUCUCGAGAGCUAAUGAUGCAGGAGGUGCAGGCCAAGGGAGACACCCAAGUGGAGAGACGUUUGGUCUGCACCCGGAGGCGUACUCUCACCGAGAUAAGUGAGACGCCCGAGGUGGAGGAGGAGAAGAAGGACUUGGAGGCGGAGAAGCUGCGCGAGCAGGAGAGGCUGCUGGAGCAGGAGAUGCAGCUGGAGAAGGAAAGGCACUUGGCCAGGGAGCAGCAGCUGGAGCAGGAGAAACUCCUGGAGAGGGAGAAGCACCUGGAGCGGGAGAAGCUGCAGGAGAAGCUGCACGAACAGCUCAGGGAGAAACUGCAGGAGAGGGUCAAGCUGCUGGAGAAGGAGAGGCGGGCGGAGGAACUGCUGGAGCAGCAGCUCCAGGAGCAGCGGCACCUCGAGGCGAAGCAGGAGGCUGAAGCGGAGGAUGUGGCCUAUGCCUCGGAGGAGUCCGAGGACGAACCCGAUGACCUGGACUUCAAGGCACCCGCACGCUUCGUUCGGGCCUACAGGCCGGCCGCUGUGCCCACCAAGGCGGCCAGCAAGGAGUCGCUGCACUCCAUCGGCUCCAGCAAGUCCUCGAAGUCGGCCGAGGUGAAACCCAGUGGCGGCAUGAAGGGCAUGAUACGCAAGUCCAUCCGCAGGCUCAUGCACCCCACGCACACGUCGCCCGAGAAGCCGGAGGCCAAGCAGGCAGAUGCUCCGAGCCAUCACCACAACAACAUACUCCAUAGCAUUCGGCACAGCCUGCGACGGCGGCCCCAGAAGGCGGCCGAGGCGGACAACCCGAUGGCACCCGUGCUGGCCGACAUAUCCAUCGUCGACGGCAGCGAGCGGACGAUGAAGCUGCGCUCCAACGAGGCCCAGACCGAGUACAUGACCAUCGAGCAGCUGACCAACGAGAAGAAGCACACCCUGAGGAACAGCAUCCGGCGGUCCACGCGGGACGUGCUGCGCCAUGUGUUCCACAAGAGCCACGAUGCCUACGCCACGGCCAAGUGAGGUGGCCCCCGGAUGGGAGUGGGUCGCUUUGAGGGGUUGAAGUGGCAUCAAGAAGGGAAAUUCUCACCUUACUACCUCCUUGUAACUGAUAUCAAGAACAAAUACUCUUGCUUUACAAGGAAGUGCAGAUUCUUGCAUGAAUAUAUAUUUUUAAAUUAUAUUUUCCAAAUUUAGAAGCAGGAAACGUUGUCGAUGUUAGUUUUACUUGCUUUUCGAUUGUUAAAAGCCCACUGUUCCCUUCAAAGUCGACCCACCCGAUCAAGGUUUUAACUUCCUUUAAAUCGGUUUUAAGCACCUUCAUAGUUAAGUUUCCCAAAUGCACCCAAAGAUUGUCACACAAAACCAGCAAGCCGAAAGGUAAUCUACUCUCACCUGAAAGCCCAUUUCAUCUUGUAUUCUUUGAGGAUGAAGAGUUAGCCACUAGUUUUAAUGAACACUUUUUUUUAUGAUCAGGGGACCUCCCUUAAAAACUUGCUGCAAAUUAUUCACACAAUGUAUAGAACAUUAAGUACUUACUGUUUGCACUUUUACUCAUACUUGAAUGUUUGUCCACAACUUUAAAUAUAUUACAUUUGUUUUUUACACGAA